AUGACUUCUUAUACUGAUAAAGGACCUAAACUUGAUUCCGCAAACUAUUUUGGAUUUGAUCAUGUAAAGUUUUGGGUAGGAAAUGCUAAGCAAGCUGCCUCUUUCUAUUGUACCCGCCUGGGUUUUAAGCACAUUGGUUAUCAAGGUUUGGAAACAGGACAUCGAGAUGUUGUUUCUCAUGCAGUUCGUCAGGGAACAAUCACCUUUGUAUUCCAAUCACCUCUUAAUCCGAACGAUAAAUUGAUGAGUGAUCAUCAAAGUACUCAUGGUGAUGGUGUUAAAGACGUUGCGUUUACUGUUGAUGACGCACGCGGUCUGUGGAAUAGUGCAAUACAAAGAGGUGGAAAACCAAUUAAAGAACCAUGGGAGGAACGAGAUGAAAAUGGAGUUGUCGUAAUGGCUACAGUUGGCACUUAUGGUGACACCGUCCAUACUUUUGUUGAAAGGACAAAUUACCAUGGUGUUUUCUUACCAAAUUUUAAACCAACAACUCUCGAGGAUCCAUUAGAAGUAACGUUGAAACCUACGCACUUACUAUACUUGGAUCAUGUUGUUGGCAAUCAACCUGAUUUAGAGAUGGAGAAAAUUUGUGAAAUGUAUGAAAAAGUUUUCAAUUUUCAUCGCUUCUGGUCAGUUGAUGAUAAACAAAUCCACACCGAAUAUUCUUCUUUGCGCUCAAUAGUAAUGGCUGAUUAUGAUGAAAGAAUCAAAAUGCCAGUAAAUGAACCUGCAAUAGGUCGUAAAAAAUCACAAAUUCAAGAAUUUGUUGAAUAUUAUGGUGGUGCAGGUGUUCAACAUAUUGCUUUAAGAACAAAUGAUAUAAUUACUAGUGUAUCGAAUCUUAAAUCACGUGGAUUGGAGUUUCUUACAAUCCCUGCUACCUAUUAUGAUGACCUUCGUUCACGACUUUCUACAUCUAAUGUUAAAAUUCUUGAAGACAUUGACCUUUUACAAAAAUUAGAUAUUUUAAUCGAUUAUGAUGAAGAGGGAUAUCUUCUUCAGAUAUUUACUAAACCGUUGCAAGAUCGUCCUACUUUGUUCAUUGAAGUCAUUCAACGUCGUAAUCAUCAAGGCUUUGGGGCCGGAAAUUUCAAGGCACUAUUUGAGGCCAUUGAACGUGAUCAAGAUGCACGUGGAAAUCUAAAUUGA